CGGGAUUCCCUACAUAGAUGCGCGCGCGCGAGAGAGAGUUUGCGAUGCGCGAGUCAAGUCAUCAUCAUCGUCAUCAGCGCUCGCGAUCGCAGGUAACUAAACCCAUCUCGGCCUUCUGUUCUGUUCUGAACUGAACUGAUCCCAUCCACCCGGUCGGCGAUCAGUAGCAAGCAGUCCAGUCGGGUUCGCGAAGCCAAACGGAGCUGAUAUUACUCGAUCGUGCGUGCUGCCAGUAGUAAUUCCAGUUAUAGUGUGUAUGAGUGUUGAUCUUAUUGGGGAAGCGUUUAUCGAUAUUCUACGUAGAACUGCAUUGUGGGAGCCCAAUGGUGCUCUCUAGUCGCUGACUAUUUGCAAUUUUUGAGGAACAAUGAGGUUACUGGAGAGUAGCUGCCUUUUGCUACUUAUUGUGACGAUAGCGGUGCAUGGCCAACAAACAUGUAUCGGGCCGGACGGAAAAGCCGGGAACUGUAUACUGCUGCGAUCGUGUGAUUCCUUGUUCACUCUGAUUAAGAAGAAGCCUCUACUAGCGGAGGAUCGUGUAUACCUGAGCCAGAGUCAGUGCGGAUGGUCUCGGGAGGAGAAUCACCCACUGGUAUGCUGCAGUGAUCCUCUGGAGACUCCGGUGCGAGUUGGCGAGUCCUUACUGCCGCCGGUUGGAGUGUGUGGUGUACAGACCAGUGAUCGCAUCGUUGGAGGAGUCAACACAAAGAUCGAUGAAUUCCCCUGGCUGGCGCUGCUUAAGUAUGCCAAACCGAACAACGUAUUUGGAUUUCAUUGUGGAGGAGUGCUCAUCAACAAUCGUUACGUAUUGACAGCGUCGCACUGUGUCAAUGGCAAGGAUAUUCCAACGACUUGGAAUCUUGCCGAAGUCCGUCUUGGAGAGUGGGACACAUCGACCGAUCAGGAUUGCGAAGGUGUCGGAGUUGACGUGGAUUGCUCGCCUGAUCCAAUCGACGUAGUAAUCGAGAGGAAGAUACCGCACCCAGACUACAACCCUCAAACCCUAGAGCAAUUCAACGACAUCGCCUUGCUCCGAUUGGAGCAACGCGUCGAGUACACCGACUUCAUCAAGCCGAUCUGUUUGCCCCGGACGCCCGAACUGAAGGCACGGGAAACCGUUGGCCAGAAGUUCCAGGUCGCCGGAUGGGGAAGGACGGCCACGGCACGGUUCAGCACCGUCAAACAGAAAGUCGGCGUCGACGGCAUUGCCCUGGGCAAGUGUAACUCGGUGUAUCAGCAGGAGCGCGUUACCCUGAUCGAACGUCAACUGUGCGCUGGAGGACAAGCGGGCAAGGACUCCUGCCAGGGCGAUUCCGGUGGCCCACUGAUGGGAGUGGCCACGAACGCCAACGUGCAGUUCUGGUACCUGGUGGGGUUGGUCUCGUUUGGACCGACGCCAUGCGGACAGGAAGGAUGGCCCGGAGUGUAUACCAAUGUGGCGAAGUAUGUGGACUGGAUCGAGGCAACGCUGGAGCAGUGAGACGCGAUUUGUGAGAUUUUAGAUAACUAUUACGAACAACAAUAAAGCUGACGUGAUUAUUCCAAUA